AUGACAGAAAUAAAUACGCUCUCAGAAAGCGGGCAUGAAGAGACCCCAAACGUUACGGAUACUGAAGCUUCGGCUUCACUACAUGAAGAUUCGUUUGACGAAGAAUCGGCUGGUGAAGAUACCCCGCGAGAGAGCAUCGACCUCGACAACAUAUGUCUACCAGAGUACACCCAACUAGUGACAAAUGAAGAACGCACAAUAGAUACAGAGGAGGUUCAAAAUAUAAAGUCGCGUGUAGAAGACCAGUCCCCAGAGUGCGAGAAUCAUCCGACACAGCGCUCGCUAUCGUCGGCAUACGAGGACAACCAAGGACAACCACCUCCUUCACCAGCUUAUGAAGAGCACCAAACACAGAGAGCUGACUUGCCAAUACAUGAAGAUCAUGAUUCCCAAAGAUCUUUGCAACGACCGUUAGAAUCGCAUAACCAGAGUGGUGAUGUACAACAGGGCCGUUUUUCCAGCGACCACACACCUAUUGGAGAAGGUGCGCCACUCGUACAUCCAAUAUCUGCAUCGCACGUACGCUACCACCACCUUACCGAUCCAAUAGUAGCAGAAAACAAUGCUGGAGUAUGCUCAUGCAGUAUACUGCACGACCGGCCCGCAGCAUGGCUAGCUAAAAAGAAGAACACACCACUAUCGAGCCUUGCGGCAGCCGUACUAACCAAAGAAGGACUUUUGGAGGCCAAAGAGCUACGAUUGAUUACUAGAGAUACGGACAUGAAGCGUGACCCCACCGACCCCAUAUCUGGCGCCCUACUCGGCUGCUACGACGUUGUCGGUGGCAUCAUGCUGGGUCUCGCCGAAGGCCCUAUCGAACUAGGCAAGCAAGCCAGUCCCUUGUUCCACGCCUCGCAUUCGGCCAAAGAGUCUUCUUCCCAGACCGAAGAAGAGCCUAAAUCCACUUCUGCGCCUUCAGCAUCUUCUUCAUCCUCAAAAUCGAAACGCAUACCCCAUGCCGCUGGCAAAGUCGCGCUCGGCACGGCCAAGGGUCUCGGCCGCGUCGUAACAACCAGUCUAAAGAGCCCUGCGCUGAUCAUGCACGGCGUCACGAGGGGCUUCCACAACCUGCCCAAGACGUACGGCGAAGAAGUGCGGGUAUACGAGGACGUGACGGGAUUAAGAAGCGGUCUGCUGGUGAGCGCAAAAAGCUUUGGCCACGGCCUUGGCGAUGGUAUCCGUGAUUUCGCUACCAAACCCAUUGAUGGCGCAGAAAAGAACGGCAUCAUUGGGUUUAGUGCGGGCCUCGUGACGGGGAUUGCGAACCUCGCUUUCAAGCCUGCUGCUGGCGCUUGCGGGCUUAUAGGGUACUCAUCGGUGGGCGUGUAUAAGGCGAUUCAGAAGAUUGGGGCGCCUAAGAUUGAGGAUCCAGCGGAGGCUAUGAGGAAAGUAGGAGAAGCGGAGUAUCAGCAGGUGAGUGAUGCUGAUAAAUUGUUUAUUGUAAGGCUUUGGUGCCAGAUUCAUAUGCGCAUACGGAUAGAUUAG